AUGAUGAAAGCAGUCUUGAGGGACGCCCAACGCCAUCUGGUUGCGAGCGACGACCUUUGCAAAAACGCAGGAAGUCUUGGAUGCAGGUGGCUCAGGAUCGUGCAGCUAUGUUUUGGAUUAGAGUGCAAUUGCAACGGGCACGCGCGACGUUGCCGAUUCAACAUGGAGUUGUACAAGUUGUCGGGUAGGGCGAGCGGUGGCGUUUGCCUCAAGUGCAGGCACUACACCGCCGGCAGGCACUGUCAUUACUGCCGCGAGGGAUACUACCGGGACCCCACCAAGCCGAUCACCCACAAGAAAGCCUGCAAACCCUGCGACUGCCACCCGGUGGGGGCGAGUGGCAAGACCUGCAACCAGACGAGUGGGCAGUGCCCCUGCAAGGACGGCGUCACCGGCACCACCUGCAACCGCUGCGCAAAAGGCUACCAGCAGUCGCGAAGCCACAUCGCGCCUUGCAUUCGCAUACCGCGCGUGGUGACCGCCGUGCAGGCCAUGGAGGCGGUGGACGCAGAGCCGGGCCGCGGUAAUACACGGGCAUUUAUUAACACAAUUAAUACAACGGACCAGUGCGGACGAUGCCGCGCCGGCGCCCGCACUCUAAAUCUCAACAAGUACUGCAGCCGAGACUACGUCAUAAUGGGUCGGGUGGUCGGGCGCGAGGCGAGCGCGGCGGGCGCGUCGUGGGCGCGGCUGGCGCUGAGCGUGCAGGCGGUGUACAAGCGCGCGCCGCGCAGCCGCCUGCGCCGCGGCGCCGCCGCCCUCUACGUGCGCGCCGCAGACCUCGCCUGCAAGUGCCCCAAGAUCAAAAUUAACAAGUCCUAUCUGAUCCUAGGAGUGGAAAAAGAGGGAGUGUCAUCUGGUUUGCCAGGACUAACGGUCGGAGAGAGAACCCUUCUGCUGGAAUGGCGCGACGAUUGGCACAGGCGCAUACGUCGCCUGCAGCGGCGCGCCAUCAACUGUCAC